UCGCCUAGUCAGAUUUCCCCACUGAGUCAAAGUCUGACUCUUGUUGAGAGUUUUCGGUAACUCUCCAGUUUCUUUAAACCAACAUUUUUAAAGUUACAAUACUUGUUAGUCUUCUACUUGUAUUUAGGCGUCGUUAAACUGUGAUCCUCCUGACUGCCGGGUUUGCGUACUAUUUAUCUGCCGAUAAGCACCUCCUCCUUCUCCAGUCCUGCAGUGGUUCAACGAUAUUCUCGAUCAGCAUGACAUAUUUUUCGGGAUUUGCUCUACGGUCAAGGUUCCAAAGGCUGCAGGUCUGGACUGAGAUGUCCUGAGUUAAAGUUCAAAUUUUGACGAAGGGGUUUCCUUGAAAUUACUCAACUGACAACACACAAUGGCUUCCAAUAUAGUUGUGGAUCAGCAGUUUUCUCACAAAUUCAUAGUGACGGUGGUUCGAGCCGAGAGCGUCACCAAGGGAGCGCUGGGUGACCUGUUGGACACCCCGGAUCCAUAUGUGGAGCUGUUCAUCCCAACGGCCCCAGAGAGCAGAAAGAGGACCAAGCACAUAGACAAUGACAUCAACCCAAAAUGGAACGAGACCUUUCACUUUAUAUUAGACCCUAACCUGCACAACGUCCUGGAGGUAACAUUAAUGGACGCCAAUUAUGUGAUGGAUGAGACCCUUGGGACUGCGACCUAUGAUAUUACCAAACUCACUGUUGGCCGGAAAAAGAUGGAGCCUUUCCUCAUUGGAAAAGCAACCAAAGUAUACUUAGAGAUGACGCUGGAGAUCUGUACCAAACUGGACUUGCGGUUUAGCCGGGCCCUUUGUGACAAAGAGAAGCAUUUCAGACAGACCCGCAGAGAGAGAGUGAUGCUGGGCAUUAAGAAGCUGCUUGACAUGGAGAAACCUCUUUUCCUCCCCAGCUCUCCAGAGGAGGUGCCGGUGAUAGCCAUAGCAGGCUCAGGAGGUGGUUUCCGUGCCAUGGUCGGCUUCUCAGGUGUGAUGAAAGCGCUGUUUGAGUCUGGGGUCCUUGAUUGUGCCACAUAUGUUGCUGGCCUCUCUGGAUCUACAUGGUACAUGUCCACUCUCUACUCCCACCCAGAGUUUCCUAAUAAAGGCCCAAAGGACAUCAACCCGGAGCUAAUGAAGAGAGUUAGCAGUAACCCACUGAAGCUGUUGCUGCCCCAACACAUCACCAACUACAUACAUGCCCUCUGGACCAAAAAGGCUGCCGGGCAGCCUGUUACCUUUACCGAUAUCUUUGGUAUGCUCAUAGGAGAGACGCUUCUACCUGCGAGGAUGGACAUCAAACUGAGUAGCAUUCAGGAGAAAAUAAAUCAGGCCCAGAGUCCUCUUCCUCUCUUCACAUGUCUGCAUGUCAAGCCAGAUGUUUCUGAGCUCAUGUUUGCAGACUGGGUGGAGUUCAGCCCGUAUGAAAUUGGGAUGGCAAAGUACGGCACCUUCAUGACCCCCGACUUGUUUGGAAGCAAGUUCUUCAUGGGAACCGUUAUCAAGAAAUACGAGGAGAACCCAAUACAUUUUCUGAUGGGUGUGUGGGGCAGCGCCUUCUCCAUUCUGUUCAACAGAGUGCUGGGAGUCAAAGACACAGUUGGUGGCAGCACCAUGGAGGAGGAGUUAGAGCAGAUCAAACCACAGCACAUCGUCGGAGAAGACAGUCUGGACAAUGACCAUGAGCCCCGUAAAGGGGGGACAGAGAACCAGGAUGGAGAAGACGAUCGCACUGCUAAGGCUAAGGCUAGCUGGACUCAUCGGAUGUUUUCGUCACUUUUCAGUGACUCAUCCUUAUUCAACACGAGAGAGGGCCGGGCUGGGAAGGUGCAUAAUUUCAUGCUGGGCCUAAACCUGAACACCAGCGUCCCAUUCUCUCCGGACAGUGAGGUCAGAUGCAAUGCCCCCAUACCUGAGGAGGAGGUGGAUGCUGUCACAGACCCAGAUGAGUUUGAUCGCAUUUACGAACCUCUUGAUGUGAAGAGCAAGAAGAUCCACAUAGUGGACAGCGGCCUGACCUACAACCUUCCCUACCCUCUCAUCCUGCGACCAGAGCGUGGUGUCAACCUCAUCAUCUCCUUUGACUUUUCUGCACGACCCAGUGACACCAGCCCCCCAUUCAAAGAGCUCCUGUUGGCCGAAAAGUGGGCUCGAAUGAACAAGCUUCCAUUCCCCAAGAUCGAUCCCAAAGUCUUUGACCGCGAGGGCCUGAAGGAAUGCUACAUCUUUAAGCCAAAAAAAGGCGAAAAGAACUGCCCGACUAUCAUCCACUUUGUCCUGGUCAACAUCAAUUUCAGGACAUUCAAGGCACCUGGUGUUCCCAGAGAGACCGAGAAGGAAAAGGAUUUGGCGGAUUUUGACAUUUUUGACGACCCUGAGUCACCAUUCUCCACUUUUAACUUCCAAUACUCCAACAAGGCCUUCACCCAACUUCAUGACCUCAUGGAGUUCAACACUCUCAACAACUUGGAGGUGAUUAAAGAAGCCAUCAAGGACUGCAUUGUGUCUCGGAAGGAGAAUCCCUGCCUCUCCCAUCCUUUCUCCCUCAGUGCAAUCCCGAAAAAGAAGUUUCUCAAAAGAGAUGCUCUGGCAAAUCCCUGGAACCUCAUGGGAAAUAACAACCAGUAGCCUGAUCUAAGAUUUACAUAAAGUGGACUUUGCAUAAAGUGGGAUUUUUGUAGAUUCAGUCUUUUCUUUUUGGAAAAUGCUAUGUUGAUCUCUUUUCUGUAUACUUUAAAUCAUAAUUUACCUUAACUUUAACGUUUAUUGGUAAAAACAUUAUGAUAGCUUUCACAUAUACAACAGAAUGAGAAUUUUCAUCUGGCUUUAUUUGCACAAAUGUGACUGCUGGGAAACUGUUGGUGUUUAUUGGCCACAGACAGCUGAUGUAUGGUUUUCCUUCAAGCCGUGAAAAAGACUGGAUGUAAAAAAUCAACUUACUUAACAUUAUGAGUGACUGGAUUCUUACAGCAAACGUUUGGCUCUUUCGCAAACAACGGGAUAUUGUUUUUGGGUCCUUACUUUUGUUUUUGAUAUUAACUGAGAAAAUAUGCUAUCUCUUAGUUCUUCAUGUGCAAAAGAAAUAUCCAUCUCAGAUCUCUGUGUUUAUUUACAUCACUUAAAUGCUUCAUAUGAACUUUCUACUCUUGUUGCAACAUUCCUAAUUCAUGUGGACACCUCCUGGCUUUAUUUCAUCCUGCCUAGGGCAAAGCUGCAUUUUCAUAUUUCCUAUGACUUUUUAUGUAGCUAUAUCUAAAUUUAGCUUGGAGCUGUGUGAAUGCACUGUAAGAAGCCUUGCCUUUACCUGUAACUGUUUGUCAACUGAACAUUUUCCAUAUUGACUACAGUACAUGCAAAGAACCGGAUUGCUCGUCUAAACAUGAAACCCUGUUCGGAAACAUGGAAGAGGAGCUUGUAACCAUUGUUUUUGUUUGAUGGCAACUCCUAAACAGGCCAAGCACACCCCCUGGAUACCUCAAACAUCUCAAUGAUGCUUUCCGACUUACAAGGAAGGAGCAAUCCAUGAUCCCUUGUAGGGAGUGUCUCAUGUUAAAGCCUCCAUUUUGGAAAAACAAAACUUGAUGCCAUAGAAACAGCCCCACUUUUUAUCUCUUUCUCUCUAUCUCUGUGCCUAUUUUCCUGAUCAUGUUAUUUCAGGCUGCUUUUUAGAUAAAGGGACAGUUUGUUUUUCUUGGGCCGUUUUCUCCUCCAACAAACACAACUUGCUCCAGGACUCCCUGAACGCCCCUGUACAAAUAGGUGGGGCUGAGGUCGGGCUGGGUGCCGGUGGUGGUGAGUGUUAUCACGAGACUUGCUGCGAGCUGAAAAAGGUGGCUCUCUCCAGCAUUUGGAAUUUUACACACUACACCUACACCUGCAGCAGUGCAGGCCUGGAAUCUGACAUACUACACCUAUACCUGCAGGGGCCCAAAGGCCGCACACAGAGCUGUGAAAUUUCACACUGAAGCACUUCCAAUACCUAUAUGCUCAUGUUUCACCCCUGCUGGUUUGGAAGAAACUGAGAAGACAAAAAAGGCUUUCUGCUGGGAUUGAUGUCCCACCAACCUUUCCAACUUGCCUUUGUGUUGAUUUUUUUAGCAGAUUAUUUUUGUUGUUUUUAGCAUGUUUAUGUUUUCUGCAGUUUACGGGAUUGCCUUAUGGGUUUUUUUCAAGAAAGUUUAUUUGCUUUUGUUUAUUCAAUACCACUCUUAUACAGUAUCUGUUGAUUACAGAGAGCAAAGUCAAAUUUUGUUGUUUGUCAAUAAUGGCUAGAGUAUAUUUGAGACAUCCAUAGAUAAAGCACGAGUCCAAGUCCAGAAUGCAGAGCAGUCUUAUUUAUAGGCUUCUUUAUAAGUCUCUUUGUGUGUCACACACAUAACAAAGAAAAACUUGAACAUGUUAAUCUUUUGAUGAUGGAUAUUUUGACCUUUUAGAGCUAAGUUAAGCUAAUAGGCUGCUGGCUGAAGUCAUAUGUGAAAGACAGAAAUGAGAGUGGUACUGAUUUUCUGUCUAGGUUCACAAAAAAGCAAAUAAGCACAUUCCCAAAAUGUCCUUUAAGACAAACUUUAUAAAGCAUCAUAACAAGCCUUCAUCAAUGUAUUUGACAUCUUGUAAAACUCUGUGAGCUAUCAUGUUACACCUUUAUUUUUCAUCGUACCAUAAGGUUAUUUAGCCUAAUUUAGACAGCAUACACAACCUGUAGUAAUUUUAUUUUCUUAUAUUAUUGUCAUUUUGCAUUUAUAUCAUAUUGACAAUGUUUACAAAUGUUUCAGAUGCUUAACGGUCAGUUUUAGGGAAUCAAGACGUGCACAUUAAUACUUAAUGUGAUCAUUGACUAUUUGUAUUAAUAUAAAUGGCAAAGCAUGAGAUGCAUAACGUUUAUGUGCAUCGUACAAAAAGGAUGAUAAUAAAAGAGAGAAUUUA